CUAGCCUCCUCUGGGAUCCCAGUCUCCUGAGACCAAAGGAGGUAUAGAAUGGGAGAUGUGAGAAGGGAUGUUGCAGCACAGGUGACAACUACAGAGGCUGUUACUUCACAUGCCUCAGUGAAUAAAUGGGAACAGGAUCUCAGGCGAGGGUCCUGGAAUCACCAUCAGGCAGCCUGGAUACUGGAGACAGCUAUGGCAGGAAGGAAUCAAACCAUCCUCACAGAGUUCCUUCUCCUCGGACUGCCCAUCGAGCCAGAGCAGAGAAACCUGUUCUAUGCCCUGUUCCUGGCCAUGUAUCUUACCACCACCCUGGGGAACCUCCUCAUCAUCGUGCUUAUUCACCUGGACCCUCACCUCCACACACCCAUGUAUUUCUUUCUCAGUAACUUGUCUUUCUCUGACCUCUGCUUUUCCUCUGUCACAAUGCCCAAGUUGCUGCAGAACAUGCAGAGGCAAGUUCCAUCCAUCCCCUAUGCAGGCUGCUUGGCCCAAAUGUACUUCUACCUGUUUUAUGGAGACCUGGAGAGCUUCCUGCUUGUGGCCAUGGCCUAUGACCGCUAUGUGGCCAUCUGCUUGCCCCUGCACUAUGCCACCAUCAUGAGUCCCAAGCUCUGUGUUUCCCUGGUGGUGCUGUCCUGGGUGGUGACCACAUUGCAUGCCCUGUUACACACUCUUCUCAUGGCUAGACUGUGUUUUUGUGCUGACAACAAGAUCCUCCACUUUUUCUGUGACAUGUCUGCUCUGCUGAAGCUGUCCUGCUCUGAUACUCGAGUUAAUGAAUUGGUGAUAUUUAUCAUGGGAGGGCUUAUUCUUGUCAUCCCAUUCCUACUCAUCAUCAUGUCCUAUGCACGAAUUGUGUCCUCCAUCCUCAAGGUCCCUUCUGCUCGAGGCAUCUGCAAGGCCUUCUCCACCUGUGGCUCCCACCUGUCUGUGGUGUCACUGUUCUAUGGAACAAUUAUUGGUCUCUAUUUAUGCCCAUCAUCUGAUAAUUCUGUUAAGGAGAUGGUCAUGGCUGUGAUGUACACUGUGGUGACCCCCAUGCUGAACCCCUUCAUCUAUAGCCUGAGGAACAGAGACAUGAAGGAAGCCCUGGGAAGAGUCUUUUUGAAAAAGAAAACCUCCCUUUCUGUGUGAUCAAGCUUAGUAUUUUUGCAUGAUGUUAUUCAACAGAUGUAUUCAUAUUAAUGUUGAUAUAUUAAUCCACAGUUCUUCUUUUUAGUACUGAUAUUCUUUCAAAAUGUUAAAAGCUGAACAUUUUGUACAAUAUGUAAAAAAAAUGAAGUGGAGCUGUGUAGUUAAACUCAGAAUGGGGGUGGCCUAUUAGCAAAUUCUUCCUUUUUCUUAUCCCAGGUGAUUCUAAAGAAGUAGCAUUUAAGAAGUUUGAAUUGUAUAUGUCUCUAGUUUUCAAAGAAGUAAUUUAUCAUGUCUGAAUUUUUUUAACUAAAACUGUGUUUCAAAACUACUUGCCCUUCCUGGUAGGCACUAAAUAGAAUUUAAACUUUUCUUUCUCUUGAUUAUCUCUGCUAAACUGGACUAUUUAUUGCUGAGUAGAUGUUUUUAACUUACCUGUUCCUUAGCAGGUGUUCACAAAAUUCUGUCCUUAACUACUAGUCAUGUGAUUUUUUUCUUUUCUUUUUUUGAUCAUUAUAAUGGAAAAACUUUUUAUUUA